AUACGGACCAAACAGAAGGAUUCCGAAUGCAAAAAGGCGGGGCAUCCGACCGGUAGGCUUAACACGAAAGUUACCCGUAGUAAUUUUGCACAUUUGCAGUUUCAGCAUUUCAGGUAGAGAAAUACCAAAAUGCCUUUCAAAAUGCCUUUCUUUAGUUCAACAAGAAAACAUAAAGGGCAAGAUUAUAAUAAUUUAAAGAAUGAUUGUAAGAAGAAAGGAAAUUUGUUCAUCGACACAGAGUUUCCUCCUGAUGAUAGAUCUGUGUUUCACACACAAGGGAAGUUGGCAGGUGUUGUAUGGAAAAGACCUAAACAAAUAUGUGACAACCCAAAGUUGUUUGUAGAGGGCGCCAGUGCAGGUGAUGUUACUCAAGGUCGAAUUGGUAACUGCUGGUUUGUUUCUGCAGCUUCCUGUUUAGCACAGAAUGAAGAAAUUUGGCACAAUGUAAUUCCUAACUAUAAGGAGCAGGACUGGAAUGAAGAUAAGCCAGAUGAUUAUCAGGGAAUAUUUUACUUCCGUUUCUGGAGAUAUGGUGAAUGGUUGGAAGUUGUUAUUGAUGACUUUCUACCCACCGUAAAUGAUGAGCUGAUAUUCAUUCACUCACAGUCCAAGAAUGAGUUCUGGAGUGCCUUAUUGGAGAAAGCUUAUGCCAAAUUGUUUGGGUGUUAUGAAGCUUUAGAUGGUGGAGACUUAGGUGAAGCAUUGGAGGAUUUUACUGGUGGUGUAUCAGAACAGAUUGAUUUAGUGAAAAUGGGUGUUGCUGAUAAUCCUGAAGAAAGGGCAAUACUUUAUAAAAAAUUUGGGAAAGAAAUGGAGAGAAACUCGUUAAUGGCAGCAUCCAUUCCUGCUUUAAGCAGUGAUGAAAUGGAAUCUGCCACAUCAACAGGUCUAGUCAAGGGUCAUGCAUAUGGCAUCACUGCAGUCAAAAAUAUACAUCUAGAGAACCAAACCUUCUUCAGUAGAUUAUUCAAAUCUGAUAAUAAAAUACCAAUGAUAAGAUUGAGAAACCCUUGGGGACAAGGUGAAUGGAAAGGAGCAUUCAGUGAUGGGUCUGAUGAAUGGAAUAAAAUCCCAGAGGAAGAAAAAAAGAGAGUUGGUCUGACAUUUGAAGAAGAUGGAGAAUUUUGGAUGUCAUUUGAUGAUUAUUGUCAGAACUUUGUACACACUGCAGUGUGCCGAGUUGUCAAUACAUCAAUGUUCUCAAUCAAUAAAACAUGGCAUGAAGGAAGUGCUCAUGGAGAAUGGAAGAAACCAGACAGAGCAGGUGGUUGUGCAAAUAAUAGAGACACCUUUCUUCAAAAUCCUCAGUUCUUGUUCGAUAUCAAAGAUGCAGAGGAUGAUGUAAUGUUUCACUUACUACAAAAAACCAUCAGAGGAAAAGAGGGAAGUGACAAUUUGACAGUAGGCUUCACUAUUAUACAGGUUGAAGAAAAUCGUCGUUACAGAAUUCAUGAUUUGACUCAGCACACCAUUGUAACAUCUACAGUAUUUAAAAAUCAGCGCUCAAUCUUUCUAAAACAUAAUCUAAAGCAAGGCAGAUAUGUAGCUGUGACCUGUACAUUUGACCAAGGCUUGGAGGAAUCAUUUUUGUUUCGUAUCUAUUCAGCUAAUGCUAAUGAUUUUAAGUCACUUCUUCAUGACAAACCACAGAAGAGUUUUCUAAACUGUUGUGCUUCCACUCCUCAGAUGGUAACAAAAGUGAAGGUCAUAAGAGCUGAAGGAUUGGAAAGACAAGAGAGAACUGGAGCUGAUCCAUACUGUAUAAUAAGUUGUGAAGGAGAGAAAGUCAGGACAAAAACUGCAUCUGAUACUACAGCACCAGAAUGGAAUCAGUCUGCUGUCUUCUUCAGGACGAAACCAAAUAAACCAUUGAAAAUACAGAUUUGGAAUCACAAUAUUCUGAAAGACACAUACAUGGGAAAGCAUGUGUUUAUGAGUACUGAUGACAUGAAGGACAGUAUUGUAUCAGUUGAUUUGGUUGGUCAAGGAAAACAAGGAGAUCAACAAAGGCCUGGAAAACUAACAGUAAUGAUCACACAGAGCAGGAAUUUCUCAGCUAUCUAAGUCUACAGAGUGUGAUAUUUAAGAUCUGCAUGUCUACAGGUGCUUUUGUAAAGUCUUGUCAAUGCAAGUUUUUUGUUAGUUUUUUUGACAAAAUCCAGAAUGGGUUUCUUUUACCUCUUUUAAAACCCAAUCAAAACUGAAGUAUUUGAAUUACACUAUCCAACACCUUAUCUUUGAAUUAUAUAUCACUGUAAUUUUGUAUGUAGCAGCUAAGAAUUGAUUGAAUGUACAGUACUAUAAGAUUGUUGAUCAUGUAAACAUUUCUAAAAACAAAUAUUUUAUAAGGUUUUUUUUUUCUUUCAUUUUAAGUUUAGAUUAAUCUAUUAAAUAGCUGUAUAUGUAACUUAAUUGAUUGCUGAAAGUGUUAACAUUGCUAGAAGAAAACUGUAACUUAGGCAUGAUAUUUCAACAUCUUUCAUUAAAACCCUGCUCUGUCCUACUUCUGUGUCUGACCAUCCGUCCUGUGAAAAUUCAGUCACAUUUUUCUCAGGAACUACAAGUCUGAGCUUCCUAAAAUUUAAUAGAAAGGUUCAUAUGAGCAUGCUGUACUGUGUAAUGCUUUUUGCUCAUGAACUUCCUGUUACUGUAUACUUUAUAUCAGACCUGGGGUCAGUUACAUGCCAAAGUAAUUAAUUACAUUUCAAUUACAUUGAUUUUUAAAUGUAAUUAAUUACAGCACAAUUACAUUGAUUUUCAAAUGUAAUUAAUUACAUUGCCAAUGUAAUUAAAUACAUUUCAGUUACUUUUGUCCAAAGACAUGUAAGAGCUAUAUCAUUUAGAAUAAAUUCAUAAAAAAGACAACAGGCUAGAACAUUAUGAAACUUUUAUAUAUACAUGCACUUUUUAACAGUGAAAACAUUUGUACAAGAUUUGUUUUAAGUUUUCAAAUUUCUAACGUCAUUGUUACAUUUAAUCACCAUUAUUUUUUCAAUGCUAAUUAUUUGAUUGCAUUUCUUAUUUUUAUGGGGAAAAAAUUUAUAAGGAUUUAUAUAGAUCCAGAUAAAUAUAUUUUUUUAUUUUUCAAAAAUUUUUUCUUAAAAUUUCAAGUUUAUACUAAAAAAUGUUAAUUAAGAUUUUAAAGGUUUUCUUAUGUACCUCAGGUGAAAUUUGAAGUAACUUUUCAGCUUCCAUUUAUUACAGAAGAAGUAAUAGUAGCAUUCUCCAGACUUGUCCUUUGGCAAGUCAAAAUUGUCAAGUAUAUAUAUUGGACUCCAUUCUUGCAUGUUCAGACUGCUGUAUUUAAACUUCUAUAGAAGAUGUUUAAAUAAAAUUCAUAUGAAGAGAUUUUAACAUAAAUAAGUAUGAUGGUUUAAAAUAAAAAUUGCCUUUGGCAUUUUAAUCAAGGGACAUCAUUGUACUUCAUAAUUAGCUAAGUUAAAGGUAUAACCUGAGAUUAUUGUCAAUUGUUAGAACAACAUAUUUACAAAUUGUAUGUAAAAUAAAUUGGUAUUGUUUUAAAUUUUUAGAUUUUUUAUACGCCCGUCAAUUUUUGACGGGACGUAUUAUGGUAUACAAAUGUCAGGUGUCUGUCCGGCGUAAACAUGUCGCACCGUAACUUGAGAAUGACUUAUCCAAAUUUCAUGAAACUUAAAAUAGUUGUUUCUUAUGAUGGUCAAACGAUCUGUAUACUUUUUGGUGAAAAUAAGAUUAAAACUUUUUGAGUUACGGGACUUAGUAACUAAAACAGGUGUGUGCUUUUUUUCACAUGUCGCGCCGUAUCUCAAAAACAAUUUAUGAUUAUUGCUUAAAACUUUACACACUUCUUAUUUAUAUUAAUCUUAAGAUCUGUAUACUUUUUGGUGAUGAUUCGAAAUUUCAUUUUAGAGAUAUUGAGUAUUUUGUUAAAAAAGGGGGAGGGGUUUUUCACAUGACGCGCCGUAUCUCAAAAACGAUUUAUGAUUAUUGCUUAAAACUUUACACACUUCUUAGUUAUAUUAACCUUAAGAUCUGUAUACUUUUUGGUUUUGAUUCAAAAUUUUAUUUUUGAGAUAUUGAUUUUUUUUUAAAAGGGGGGUUUUCACAUGUCGCGCUGUAUCUCAAAAACGAUUUAUGAUUAUUGCUUAAAAUUUUACACACUUCUUAGUUAUAUUAAUCUAAAGAUCUGUAUACUUUUUGGUUUUAAUUGAAAAUUUUAUUUUAGAGAUAUUGAGUUUUUUGUAAAAAAAAGAAGGGGGUUUUCGCAUGUCAGAAACUAUUUAUGCUUAUUGCAUAAAAAUUCACACACAAGACGACAGGCGUAUCAUGUGCUCAUGGCGCAGCUGUUUAUUAUGUAAACAUGUGAAAAACAUUUUAAUUACCCCAGGUCUGCUUUAUAUAUUCUUACACAUAAUGGGCAUGUAUGUGAUUUUCUUCACAUUUUUCUUUCUAACUACAAAUCAUAUCUUACUGAAAUGGGAAUCAAGCUUCAUGUUUGCAUGCUAUACUGUAUAAUGUAAUUUAACAUCAGUGGUGUCUCCAGGGAACCCCCCUUUUUUGACGAUCAAUGCUUUUGAAUGGGGACAUAUGGUUGGAACCCCCCCCUUUAAAAAUGGCUGGAUCCGCCCUUGAACAUCUAUCGCUCAGUAAUUUCCUGCUAGCCAAUACUUAUAGAGGGGACACAUUAGUGAGCUAUAGUAACAGUAUCUUGUUUAAAGGUUGGAUAAAUCUUUGUAGACAUUCACACUUUCAUAUUUUUUAAUCUUAAGUAUUUUAAAUCUUAUUGCAUGUUUAUUAUGUACCUUGUGUUUAUAUUUAAAAAUGUAAUAAAAUAGUGUUGUUUAAUUCGAUUAUUUGAGGAAAUCUGAAUACUGUUUCCAACAAAUAUCAUAUGAAACCUUCUUUUAUCUGUAUGUAAAUUUGUUUUAAUUGUAGUUUAUGUUAUCCUGUUGUCAUUUUAGUUGUACAUUUUGUAUCAUACUUAAUGUUAGAAGAAGUGGUGAAUGUAAUCGCUUUUAUAUUUUUCUAUUAUAGUAAAGGUAUUAUUAUUCUAAUGCCCAGAUUAUUUGGGUUUUUUGGGUUAAGAUUGCAUUCAUGCAAUCAAAACCCUUAUGUGGUUGGCUUGAUAGUAGUCAAUUUUCCAGACUUUUAUCACUAGUUUUAAGAUAAACAAAACAUAGUGCAUUGAUCACAACAUUCUCUUCAUCAUAUCCACAAACAAUUCAAGAAAUUUAUCAAUAUAAUAUAUACUCAGAUAUUCAAUUUACAAAAUGAUGUGUAUGGGUAUAACGAUACUUGUCAAGAAAAUUACAUUACUUGUGCAUAAAUCUAGUAUCUGUUCUAAAAAGCUAAAGUAAAAUUUAAAAUUGGAGUUAUCUUCCUUUGUCCAUAGUUGAACCAACAACAAUGCUACAUUUGUAGUAUUGCCUUCCAAUGCAAUUUGGGACAUCUGCUUGUAACAUAGAUUGAAAACUCUUAUUUCUGCAGAACAUUUAAACAGGUAUGAUUUUUAUCAGUUAUUUAACUAAUUUCCAUUAUUUACCUUCUUGAAUUUUUUUUCAAGAGUUGCUGGAAUGGGUGAGAGCUGUUAGAAAAUGAUACUUAUGUAUGGGGUAAGAGGUGUUUUCAUGUUAAUUUUAAUGAUUUUCAGUUAAAUUAAUUUCAAAGCAAAAUAAUCCCUGAUUUAUAAAAAACUAAAUAUUCUUCGAUAAUCAAGAAUGGUAUAUUAAAUUCUAUUAAUUUCUCUGAUGUUUGCUUCCUGAAAUGAAUUGUGAAAUAUUACAUGCACUGCUUUGUACUGUCAUAGAGGUAUUGUACUAAUGUACAUGUUAAUAUAAAGCAUUUACACAGUUCUACAAAAUCUACAUUCUUUUGGGAAUAUAAAUCUGUAAAAAUGUAGUGUUGUGUCAAGUUAAGGGCAUUAUUUUGAAUAAAGGAUUUCACAUAUCUUGCAUAAUUUCAUUAUUGUGUGCAAAAUGGCCAUUGGCUGUGUGCAAUAUUCUCGCUUGCUCAUGUAGACUUUUUGAAAUAUAAAUUAUUACUUCUCUUUGUAUGUAGUUCUAAUUAUUGUUUUUCUAUGAAAGGAGGAGGUGUGGUGUGCUUCAAACUUUUUUUGGCCUAAAAAAUAAAGCAUUUACAAAUCAACAGAUUUACGAUUAAAGAUUAAUUAGAUCAAUGGCCUUCAGUUCGAAUUAACAUGGAAAGGUUUAGAUUAUUGGCAGAAUUAAUUUUUUUCAGCUUUCUUUAUAUUUUUUCAAUAUUUGGAGUAUGUUUGAUCUGUUUUUUAUACAUUUUUUUGCACAUUACAUUUUUCACAACUUUGGUAAUUACAUAUCUAUAUUAAGCUUAGGGAUUAUAGAUAGUGUAUAGAGAGAGGGGUGUUAGUUUUAUAUUGAUCAUAGGCAGCUUUUAUUUAAUGUAUAUACUGCUGUAUAUGAUAAUGCUUUUAUUAUAUUUUGAUUUUUUUACGAAUCAUCUGAUGAUUUUUGUAUUGUUUGGAAUUUAUGAUCUGUUUUUGUUAUUAGCAUUUAUUACUUUUUGAGAAUCAAUGAAACAAAUAGAAUAAAGUGAAGAAAUUUUCUUUAAUAGAAAAACAAAGGAUAUGUAAUAACUUAAACUUUGCAUAAAAUUGUGAACAACUAGAAGAACUUGACAAGUUUAAUAGGUAAUGGUAAGGACAAGACUACAGGUAAAUGUUUAAAAAGAGCAUGUAAGCAGUAUUAGAACAUAUCUUUAUAAACAAGUAGAUCUUAGAAUAAACAAACUUAAUAUCAGCAAAUUACAAUGUACGUUAUAAUGUUACAUUACUUAACAAAUACAAUUCUUCCAUGCUGUGGGUUUUUCUUCUUUAAACUGAUUCAAAACUGCUAGUGUUAGUUGUAGAAUGGAAUUUUUAAUCAAGGUUGGUAGUUUUUGCAAUUUUGAAAUGUACAGCAGAUUAUAUUUUUAUAUGAUUUGUUACAAUUUGUGAAAUAUAUUUUUUUGUGUAAAUCUUUUUGUUUAAAUAAAGUUAUAUGAGUGAACGCACAUUUUUAAACAAUAAAAUGAUGAAAUCAGAAUUUGAGAUAAACAAAAAUGGUUGUAUGAUUGUUAGUUAAAUUGUGAUGAAAAAAAAAAAAACUAUUUUUCGAUGUGUGUAACCGUUGGUUGUUUAUUUAUCAUCACCGACACCAUGAUAUAUUUAUGCAUGUUUUCACCCUGUUAAUGAACAACUGCUUGAUUUAUUAUGCAUUAUUUGAUAAAAACUAUUUGCUUCACAUAACACCAUUUUAUAUUAUAUAAAGCUGUAGAACAAUAUUUACUUAUGUUUUAUUUGCUCUUUUUAUUCAAUAAAAUAUUUUUAUUAUUACAGAA